CGUACUUAUAAUUUUUUUAAGUUAAUUGACAUUAAAAUUUAAAAAACACCUUAAAUAUUUUGAUCUUUAGAUGUUAAUUUACAUUGGAAGAAUAAGUAAUAUUAAAUUAAUAGCAUUAUUUCGGCUACCCUUGGAGUAGAUCAGCUGGGAUGAUAAUAGCUCUAUCCUUGUCUAAAGCUUCUGUAGAAAAUCUACAUAACCUUACUCAACAAAUUAAUUUAAAUUCUUUAUUUAAAAUGUUAACGUUUCGAAAAAUAUCCAGGUUAUUUAAAAACUAUUUUUUCGUUCAUGUAGUACAAGCUGGUACUUUAAUGUCCACUGGAGAUCUAGUGGCUCAAGUUGUUGUUGAGAAAAAAACAGACACAAUCGAUUUUGAAAGAACAAUACGAUUUGGCUUUAUUGGAAUUUCUGUAGUGGGACCUGCAGUUUCAGUAUGGUACAGACUUCUUUCAAAGUCCAAAUAUUCGUUAUUACAACGAGUAGCAAUAGACCAGUUACUUUUUGCUCCUUCCUUGUUACCUGUAAUGAUUACUUCAGUUAAUGUGUUAAAGGGACAGAACUGGUUUCAAAUAAAAGAUGAACUGAAGCAUAAAUAUUUCCAUAUCUUAAUUACUAAUUAUAAAGUAUGGCCUUUGGUACAGUUUAUAAAUUUUAAAUAUAUUCCCCUAAAAUAUCAAGUGGCUUUUGGACAAGGCGUAGGCAUAUUCUGGAAUACUUAUUUAUCUUUAAAAAUCCAAUGAAUAUAUUAAAAUAUUCGUGGUAAAUAUACCUCAAUUAUAAAUGUAUUAUCUACCUAUUAUUUUUACAUUUUAGCGAUAAUAUAAAUAAAUCAAUAUAAAAUAGA